AUGUUCUCCAAAUUCGCGUCCGACUUAUCCAAGUCGCUCUCUUCGAAUAUCUCGUCCAACUACUCGCUGAGCCAGCAACCGACAGGACACUCAGGGCCAUGGAAGAUAUACGAUGCGAAGAAGAAGUCCACAGGCAAGGCGGCAUCCGUGUUCGUCUUUGAGAAAAAGGCUCUAGAGCCCCCAGGAGGCGGAAGCCUCGGCGGACGGUCUAGCGGUUCUGCGCUCAAGAGAGCACAAGAGGAGGUGGUGGAGAGACUCAGGAAAGAGGCCAGUUCGCUGGCACGGCUACGCCAUCCCAGCAUUCUAGAGCUGGUGGAACCGAUAGAAGAGACACGUGGCGGAGGACUGAUGUUCGCUACGGAGCCCGUCACAGCGUCGUUGGCCGGCUUACUCCAGGAGAAGGAUGAGCAAGAGAAGGCCGGAGGUGUGGGGGGACGCCGCAGUCGAUAUGUCAUCGAGGAUGCUGACGGGCAGAAGCGGAGACGAGAGCUAGAGAUUGACGAGCUCGAGAUACAAAAGGGUCUGCUACAGAUUGCGAAAGGGCUUGAGUUUCUGCACGAAAGCGCUGGCUUGGUGCAUGCCAACCUAACACCGGAGGCUAUCUUCGUCAAUGCUAAAUCAGAUUGGAAGAUAUCUGGACUCUCCUUCUGUACCCCGCCCGAGAACUCCACCAAACCAACGUCCGUGUCACCCAUCUCCCUCGCCGAAGCUCUAAACUACGACGCGCGAUUGCCACCAUACGUCCAGUUGAAUCUGGACUACACAUCUCCGGAUUUUGUCGUGGAUGGAAAUGUUACACCAGCAGCAGACAUGUUCUCGCUCGGCAUGCUCAUCAUCGCCCUGUACAACUCGCCGCACAAGAGUCCUAUGGAGUUCCAUGGAAGCCAAUCCUCCUACAAGCGAGCGUUCUCAUCCUCAGCAUCGGUUCCAAACAGAACCAAUAACUUCAUGUGCUCGCAGUCGAUGCCGCGAGACGUUGUGACCGGCGUGCUGGAUCGACUGAUAACUAGGCGGCCUGCACAAAGAUUAGAUGCCCGAGAGUUCCAACAAGCUCAGUACUUUGACAACAUCCUUGUGUCGACGAUUCGCUUCCUGGACUCGUUACCCGCCAAAACACCGAAUGAGAAGUCCCAGUUUAUGCGAGGACUGCCAAGGAUAUUAAAGGACUUCCCCAAGUCGGUCAUGGAGAAGAAAGUUCUGCCUGCGCUCCUAGAGGAGAUGAAGGAUCGCGAACUGCUUGCAUUGGUCCUCCAAAAUGCGUUCAAGAUUGUGAUAAUGCUUCCAUCAGGGAAACGAGCAUUCACGGAGAAGGUCGUCCCGAAACUGCGAGAAACAUUCUUGUCACAUCCGAAGGGCCACCCGCAAGAGAGAGACAGCCUGAAAGAAGCGGGUUUGAUGAUUGUGCUUGAGAACAUGACAGUGGCCGUGGACAACUGUGGAGGGAAAGAGUUCAAGGACGACAUACUCCCCAUUGUCAAUUACGCGCUCGAAUCUCCCACUCACUCUUUGGUUGACGCUGCUCUACGAACGCUUCCAGUCGUCCUCCCCAUUCUGGACUUCUCCACAAUAAAGAACGAGCUUUUUCCAGUCAUCGCCACGAUAUUUGCCAAAACUAGCAGCAUGGGUAUCAAGAUUCGAGGCCUGGAAGCUUUCAAGACUCUUUGUGGAGGUGCUAGCAAGGAGCAUGAUGGUAUGCAGGGAGACGGCCUCACAGGAAUGGUUGAAGCACCAAAGGCAAAGAGCAACGUCUCGAUCCUGGACAAAUAUACGAUACAGGAAAAGGUUGUUCCGCUGCUUCGCGGCAUAAAAACUAAGGAGCCUGCUGUUAUGAUGGCUGCCCUCGAUGUAUUCAAGGCUAUUGGAAACCAAAUCGACAGCGACUUCCUCGCUAUUGAUGUCUUACCCAUCCUCUGGCAAUUCAGCCUUGGUCCUCUACUCAAUCUUUCGCAGUUUCAAGCUUACAUGCUGCUCAUCAAGUCGCUUUCUGCACGGGUGGAAAACGAGCAUACUCGGAAACUCCAGGAGCUCGGUGCAAGCAGCGCUCCGGCCACGUCGCGCAACGAAUUCAUGAGCUUCGCUGGGAUCAGUGGGACCAAUGGCUUGGACGCGACAAAUGGCACUGGAGAAGCCGACUUCGAAGCUCUUGUCCGUGGCAACGGCGGUACGUCCAAGGGAGCUGACAUGCUCGGUGGCGAUCCGUGGGCUAAUGCUCCACCGUCUGCCUCUUCGUCUACCACCUUGCCCUCUCGACCCUCCAACAAUCGUGGGCGCUCCGCCAACAAUGCUUCUCCCGCACCGGCCUUCUCGUGGUCCAGCCCCCCUGUGUCUCCGCCGCCCACGAACCUCGCCGCGCUGCAAGCGACGGGCAGAACGAUCACACCGGACAACACAAUGACCUCACUCAACUCGGCCUUCCCGGCUAUGGCUCCAGUCAAUCCUGGAAUCGGAAGCUCUUCAUUCUCUCAACCACAACAGAAGCCAGCAAUUGGCGUGAAUAACAUGGUGUCCCCCACCGCAACUACACCCUCUUAUAACACGCAAAGCAGCAGCAUCGGCUGGAGCACAACCGCCGGAGCCUCAUCACGCACUUCGAAUCCUUGGGGAGGAACAUCAACUACUACUACACCAUCGAGUAAUCUCUCAAAUUUCUCGAUAGCUCCGCUGGCCUCUCAAACGCAGCCACAGCAACAAAGUAAUCCAUACUCAGCAUUCAGCAUCGCGCCACCUCCCUUGAAACCCACAAGCUCAUUCGGCAUCGCACCUCCACCUAGCUCUGGGAAUAACUCAUUCAGUAUCGCGCCGCCACCAAGUAUGGGGUCCCGGAUGGGGAGUGCGGGUAGCGGGCUGAACAUGAGUAGCAUGGCAGCCCGAAUGGCGCAAAAUCAACCCCAGACUCGUCAGAACCAACAGAAACCCAACAACCAGGGCUGGAGCACGGGAGACAGCCUAAUCUGA